AUGGACUCCAUCGUGCUGCCCGGGGAAGCCCUCGGAAGCUGCGACGUAUACGUCAGCGGAGAAAACACGUACAGCCUGCAGAAGGAGGUGAGGUCCGCCAUCCUGGGGAGAAGGCAAAUCGAAACGGACCCCAAUGGAAAGCAAAUCAUUAGCGUAGCCAACACGAAGGACUUCGUGACGUUGCCACAAGUAGGAGACCUCGUCACAUGUAAAGUUUAUCGAGUCACGUUCAACCUAAUCUAUUGCAGCAUCGUCUUGCUGAACAACAAAGCCAUAAAAAAUUCAUUCAGGGCAUUCAUUAACAAGAGUGACAUUCAUGUGUACGAAGGAGAGUUGGGUGAUAACUUUGAAUGCUUUAAACAAGGAGAUAUAAUCAGGGCGAAGGUUCUUUCGGUAGGACAACAUGGGUCAUACAAACUGUCGACCGUCGGGUCCGACUUGGGGGUCAUCUUGGCGCUCAGCGACAAGGGUCAAAUUAUGAAGCCCGUGGCCUGGAAUCUGAUGGUUAACCUGAGCGACAUGAGCUUCGAGAAGAGAAAGGUCUCCAGGGACUUCUCCGUCCCGCUGUGA